AUGAAGUUGAUUUAUAAGGAUUCUUUAAUUGAUGACAUAUACUAUAGUUGUGCAAAAGCUUAUACAAUUGAUAAGUUCGAGUUUUAUAUGAAAUGGAUGGAAUCAAUAUAUCCUACAAUUCGGGAAUAUCUCAAUAAAGUUGGUUUUGAGAAGUGGGCACAUGCACAUUCUAGGAGAAGAAUGUAUAAUUUGAUGACUACUAAUAUUUCAGAGUGCUUGAAUAAUAUUUUGAAAGAGCCUAGGGAGUUCCCCGUUGCAUCAUUACUUGAUUAUAUUAGAGAAAUACUUCAAAAUUGGUUUUAUGAAAAAGGUCAAUCAACAUUAUCCAUGAAGAUUGUUUUGACUAGUUGGGCAGAGUUUGAGUUGCGAGAGCAACACAACCAGUCAAGAAGCUUCAAGGUUGAUCCUAUUAACAAUGAAGAAUAUAAAGUAAUUGAUGGGGACAAUCACUUUUUGGUAAAUUUGGCCUAUAAAUCAUGCAGUUGUCGUGUUUGGGAUUUGGUGGAGAUUCCAUGUGCUCAUGCUUGUGCUGUUAUUUGUGGGCUAAAUUUAGAUAUAUAUACUUUUGUGUUGGACUACUAUUUUUGCAGUACAUUGUUAUCAACCUAUAAAGGAUCAGUUUAUCCUAUUGGAAAUCAUUCUGAUUGGAGAUCUAUUGAUGUUGGUGUGAAUGUAUUACCUCCAAUAGUUAAACGUCCGGUUGGACGACCACGUAAACAAAGAAUAUUAUCAAUUGGUGAAAAGAAAAGGAGCUCGAAGUGCAGUCGAUGUCAUCGUCGUGGCCAUAAUUGUAGGACAUGCAAAUUUCCACCUGUUGUUUAA